UAUUAUGAGAAGUGACGCGGGAACGAAUCCCUCAAUAGUUUUUUAGCAAUUGAGUGUAUUUCUUAUCUUCAAAUGGAUAUCGUACUAUGUCCAUAAGAGGCAUAAAGUUCAUCUAUUCUGUAGGAGAACCAGUCCUCUGCUUUGAACCAGAUCCGACAAAGGCCCGAGUACUUUAUGAUGCAAAGAUAUUAGACACAGAAGUUACACACAAUAAACAUGGCCAGAGAAUUCCUGCAUAUCACAUCCAUUUUCAGGGUUGGAAUAACAGCUGGGACAGAGUAGUUGCAGAAAAUUCUAUAUUGGAAAACACAGAAGAAAACAGAAUACUUAUGAAGCAGUUGUCCGAUGCUACUAGAAGGUUUAGUUCAAAUAAGAGCAGAAAUAAACAUAUAGAUGCCAUUUUGAGACGAACAUUUAAGGGGAGAUCACCCUUGGCAGAAAGUGAUGAUGAUCACCAGAAUGUAUCAGAUGAUGAGGAUGAUGACUUGGAAGAGGAAAGUGGAGAUGAAGAGGAAGAAAAUGGUAGAAUAGAGGAUGAUGGGAUAGAAAAUGGUGUACAGAACGGUGAACAUGAUGAGGAUGACAGUCAGAGCCUAGAGGGAAGUGAAAUAAGUGGAAAAAGUAAUAAAAGUGAAGAUAGAAAGAAAAAGUUGCUGUCAGAAUUUGAAAUCCCUGAAGUAUUGAAGGAAGAGUUAGAGAAAGAUUACUUAUCCAUCAAUAGAGAUGAAAUGCUUGUUUCCUUGCCUACAGAACAUAAUGUGAUCAACAUCUUAGAGAGUUUUGUGAAGACUUUUUGUGUAAAUCUGAUGUGUGGCACACCAGGAAAACCUAGAUAUUUAGAUAAAGAGGGGAACAAUAUACCAUUUGAAAAGAAUAUACACUUGUGUAAAGAAUUAGUAGAUGGACUUAGGAUUUGUUUUGACUAUACCUUACCAUUAGUCCUGCUGUAUGACAACGAGAGACAACAGUAUAACAAGUUACAAACUACAUACAAGUUCAAAGGGGAAACUAAAACUAGCAUGCAGUCCCCAGGAAGACCACCUGGAAGAGGGAGACCUCCAAAACAUCAUACAGCAGCAGCCUCCUUAAAUGGAGAACCAUCACCAAAGUUACCAAAGCUUUCACCAAAAAUAUUUAAAAAAGAAAAAAUAGAUUUUACACAAGAAGAAGAGAUAACUCCUAGAAGAUUGACCAGACAAUCAAUACAUGAAGUUGUGAAAAAAGACACCGAUAAAGUGUCCGGGACUGAAUCCUCAUCAGCAGACGACAAUGAGAGGGAUAUAGACAAAAAAUCAGAUAGUGUUGCAUCGAGUCACAAAAGAGGUAGAAAAAGACGUAAAUCAAGUGGAAACAAAGAUCUGACAGAACUUAAGGAGGAGGAGAUACCUCCCGAGAGGCCUGGACCAUCCACACGUCGUGGAGACAGGCCUCCUCCAUUGUUGUUACCCAGUGCUGUUUCGGGUCAGGAUAAAACCCAGGAGUCAACAGGAAGUAAUGAGAGUAGUGACAGUAAUACAGCAGCUAAUAGAGAAGAAGUUAUAAACAGUGUGUUAUCAUGGCAACUACUCCCACCAGAAGCUUAUCAAACAUAUGCUCCAUCUUUAGUGUAUGGGGCACAACAUCUACUUAGAAUUUUCGUAAAAAUGCCAGACUUGAUCAUGUCCAUGGAUAUGAGUGAAUCUAAAGUACAGGCUUUAGUCAGUUUGCUGGAGCAUUUUCUAGAUUAUUUAACAGAAAGAAGAACAGAACUAUUUACAUCAGCAUCCUACAAAAGUGGAUGACGGGAUUUGUAGCCAGGUCACAGAAUUAGAGUUCAUUUCAUAGGGCAUAUAGUAUAGAAAAUAUAUAUGAUUGAAAAACAAGGACUAAACAAUGUUUAUCUGCUUAUGGGAGUUAUGAAAGGAUUCUGCUUUAAGAAGCUGAGGCUGUUCUGAAUUUAUUUGUUUGACAAUGUGAAAGUUGUAAACCUUUAAGUGUGGAAGAUAUGUUACUCAUAAAUUGUAUCAUUUAUAACAUUUACCACGUCGUGUCAUAAUGACAUAGCCCAACAGACAAUCUAUCAUAUCACUUUGUCAUUAGAAUAUAUUCUGGGUUCAUUUUUAUUGAAACUGAUUUCAUGUGGCCUUGAAAAAGUUAGUUUUGUGGAUGUUUUAUUUCUUAUUUGAAGUAGACAAACAUUCGACUUUUUGCUGAGUAUUGAUUCCAUUCAUUGUUAUAUAUUUUUUUCAUACAUUUUUCACUUAUCAUAUAUUAGUCUCCAUUAUAAGAUAGUACGCUGAAAAAAAAUCUUUUCUGAAACAACUUAACCAAUGUAAACCAUAAGUUGUCAAGAAUAAUCACAAUGCUGUCUUGGUCAAUCUAUGUUCCAAGAUGAAAAAACAUAGUGUUUCAUUACUGAUUUUGAGACGGUAUAAUGCAUAGAUAGCAGGGCAGGCAUGAAGCAGUUCCCUUUAUACUUUUGUUACUUUAAGUUUAAAGGGUCCUCAAUCUAUGUUACUCUUACCUGACAUACAUUUCUUUGUUAUUUUAUAUUUGUUGUUGAGUUCAAGAUUUAGUGCAUACCAGAAUUCAGACCUGCCAACUAUCCUGAUUUAUGGGGGAUAUCCCCAUGAGAAGUGUUGACCUGAAUAUUGAAAGUCUUUAUUAUAUAAAUUGAACACCUCAAUAAAGGCAUUCAAAUGAGUUAAAAGGGUCUUUAAGCACAUACAUACUCAUUCAAAUAAUAUAGAAGUUGAUUAAAAGCACUAAUGACAAUAUAAGAGGAGCAUUAGGUCCUCUUGCACUUUAAAUCCCCUAUGGUUAUUUUGAUAGUUGGCAGGUAUGAGAAUUUCAACUGUAGAUAACUAUACCCAAUUUGUAUGCCCCACCUAUGUUGGAAGGAGGCUUUAUGUUAUAUGAUCUGUGUGUCCUUAUAUCCAAAAUUCUGUUUAUCCAUCCAAUAUCAGCUUAAUUUUGAUCAAGGUAAUUUACCAUAAAAUUGAAGUCACAACAAUUUGAUACUUGGUACACAUGUUAAUUUUUAUGCAAACUUUUUGAAUUUGUUUCAAAAUUUUAAGGAUUGUGGGUAAUUUAUUGUUCUUAGUUCCAAUAUGAAGAUUAUGUCACAUCAUUGGUCGAAUUCACAUUGUUUAGGACGUUGUAAGCCAAUCACAACCUUUUGGUGUACUCUAGUGAAAAUAUUACCUAGAAUUCUGAAAUUUUGAAUCGCAUGCCAAUUUACGGUUUUGACACCAAUUACACAGAUCACUGAAUAUAGAAAUGUGAUAGUUGGAAAUUAGUACAUUCUCAGUUUAAAGUUUUGGGGUUAGUGAACUUUUAAAAUUAUAUGAUAAAUUACAAUUUUGAUCCUGAUUUCAUGGUUCACUGAACAUGGAAAUAUUUGGUAGUGCAAGUGGGGGAUGGUGUUCUUUGGACACAUUAUUGUUUAGCCAAUAGUUUGGUUUAUAAACCAGUUGUUGUUAUGAUUUACAAUGAAUUUUGAAAUUGAUGUGAAUUUUUUUAUUAAGAUAGUUAAGCAGGAAACAUAGUUUAUUGUAAAUUUGAUUCAUAUAGUUUGUCAGCAAUUGGAGUAACGCAAUAUUUCAUUGAUUUUGUAAAAUUUAAAUAUUUUAACCAAUAGUAUAUUUUUGUGUGCAUUUUUACUCUGUGAAAGUUCUACAUACAAACAUUUAACUAAAUUAAAUGCAAAAAUAUUUUUAGAAUCGAAAAUCUUAACUUUUAAGUGAAGUAAUAUGAAUUAUUUGCUUUCUUUGUACUACACUCAUAUGGAAUAUUUACAUUGUAGAUGUAAGAUGUUAACAGCAACUAAAGUUCAUAAAACAUAUAGAGCUUCAUUGUAAAAUUUCAUAGAAUGUGUCGAAUAUUUUUGUAAAACAUUGUUCCUAUUCCUGUUCAUAUCUUAAAUGUUGAGUUGUAUAUAUUUUUAAAGUUCAUAAGCUUGCAUGAUUUUAAAAUUUAGUGUCUAUGUAGAUAUAUUUAAUAAAUGUGUCAUGUUCAAAAAC